ACGGAAAUUUUAAAUUUUGGCUCGACGAUGUGCCGCCCUUGAUGGAGAAGAUCCCCGAUGCGUCCUCACGGAAUUCGCAGCCGGCAUCGCACCGCAACGAGAGACGCAACCUUGCGCAGCGGAACAAAACAGAGCGGUKKYUGGUUYRGGGAAGAAGAAYCCGCRAUGMAGGGCCCCGGUGCCAAARGCGUGGACACCCCGGAGGGGCACACCUGGGACUGCAUCGUCGUGGGAGCGGGCUGCGCCGGAAUGGCGGCCGCCCACCGCCUGGCCCUCGAGAGGGGCGAUCAAGGCGCGGGCCACCGGCGGAAGCCGCCCCCUUGGGGCUUUUCCCUCCUCGUCCUCGAGGCGGGGGGCCGCGUCGGUGGCCGGACGMGGAACCACGACCUGGAAUCGGGGGCCGGGGAUGCCUUCCGCAGGGGUGGUGGCAGCAAGAGCAGUUGCGGCGGCGACCCCAGCGGGCACGUCAUCGAGCUCGGGGGGACGUGGCUGAGCCCGGAGCACACCGCGGCGAUUCGGUUGUGCACCGAGCACCUGGGACUGGAACUCUUUCGCGGCUGGGAGGGUGCCCCAGAGGAGGAAAGCGGAAGAAAUCCCGGCGAAGGAUGCGGGGAACCAAUGCCCUGGUGGUACUGGGGGGUGAGUGACAAAUUUGCWGCACGUGACGCUUCCAAAAGCAUGAACGCCCAGAAGUUUCCGCGUUCUGUGCAUGGUAUACAUUCAAACUGAUUGAAUGAUUGUUCUUGUCGUGCUUGUGCUAUUAGGUUGAUUACGCCGACGAGGAUAUGGCGAGGCUCAAGCGCACAAUCCUGCACCGAGACGUUGCACCCAGUGUGGACGGAGACACAGGGUCAGCCAGUGGCCAGCAUCCCUCCGCUCCGAUCACAUUUGUGACACCCGCGGAGCUUCUGGAAAGCCUGGAUCCCCUCACGGUGAGGGAGCUGCGCGAUCUCGGGAACGACGUCAUCGACCGAGACGUGGAGGCACUGACCAGGGGCCGAGCAGCCGGCACCAGCCUGUGGGAACUCCCGGAGGUCCCCCCUUCCUGGGGAGAACUCGACGGGGGAUCGACGGCCGAUCACGCCCUUCCCCUCCUGUCGACCUCCAACGGAAGGAACAUCCUGCGGAACACGAUCCUCAACAAGAACGCGGAGGAACCCGGGAGCGUGGGCUAUCUGUACAACCUCAUCAGCUGGAGCGGGUCGAACAGCCGCGGGCCGGACACGGAGUACCGGGUGGUGGGAGGAACCCAGGCCAUCCCCCUUCGGAUCGCCGAGAAGCUCUCGGAGGUCUCGUCGGCGCCGGGGACCGCGGCCUCGGGAUUUUCGCGCUGCAAGGUCCUCCUCAACACACCGGUGAAGGCCGUAGCGAGGGAAAAUGGAAACGAUCGCCGCUUUUUGGUGACUACGGAAGAUGGAAGACGGUUCCUGUGCCGGAACCUGCUGGUGACGGGGUCUCCUUCGGCAAUCCACGAAACCAUCGACUUUGGCGGCGGCGACGAGUCUUCCUGCGUCCUGCCGUUGGUCCAGAAAGAACUGCUCUCUCCCCUGCGCAUGCCCAUGGGAAGAAGCUCCAAGUUUUUYGCAAUCUACCGGCGAAACGGUCCCUGGUGGAGGAAGUUUGGUCUGCAGGGUGACAUCUUGGCGUGCGGUGGACUCCCGGAGGAACUAUCGAUCCGCAUUCCAUUUACGGAGAGCGCCAGAGGAACACUAGAAGAAGCGGAAGAUCGUGCCCCUCUGUUUCCCUGUUGCUUUGACGUGUCCCCUCGUUCCAGAAAGUACGGGGUGCUCUGCUGUUUUCUGGAAGGAGUGUCGCACCGGUAUUUCGGGACCCUGUCGUCCGAGGCACAAAAUGAACUCCUGACGAGGUUUCUGGAGCUKUCGUUCAAACCGUUUUUGGACCGGGCAGGGGACAAWGGGGACGACGGCUCCGCAUCGAAGUCGCAGUCUGCUCCCUUGUGGGUUCCGGACGAAUUUCUUCUCGCCGACUGGGGACCGGAAACAAGAUACGUAGGCGGAGCCUACACGGGUUACUUUCGGCCCGGUGUUCUWUCCCAGCCCGAGUAUUGGACGGCGUAUCGAAAGGUGGAAAAAUCCCCGAACCUCUUCUGGGCCGGUGCCGACUACCACGCAGGAUUUGGUACGUGAUUCAUGGCGUGGCGUGCUGCGUACGGUAGUUUCAGUYCUUYGUUAUUUGCUSGUAUCCGUGGUAUCUCAAUUUCCUUUGUUCUUGGAUUGGCGGUGGUAGGCAAUGGUUACAUAGAAGGGGCUGUGCGUUCUGGUCAGCACGCUGCAGAUCUUAUUCGCGAUCGACUUCCGUGGGUUGCGUGAUUGUCGGAAUAUUUUCCAUGUUCCUUGAUAACAGAGCAAGCAAUGCAAAGACAGUUUUUUUUUUUUGGGUAUCACUGCCAAACAAAAUGGGAACAGAGGUCUCAUCCAAUUUCGGCAACUCGAGAUUSUGUUGCGUACAGGCAUCAUACAUUAUUACUGUCACAUAUGCUGCUCUCUCUUCUCCACUCGCUUUCCUUCUUUCUUAACUGUACCGCAUCGUCGUCAUCGUACCUUCGAUCUUACGAUGCCAAUCARAUUUCUUUGAUUUUGGUCACACCAAACUUACGGCGGAGAAACUAUGUUCCAUACUAAAUUUACCGCAAGUCC